AUGGCGACCGGCUCCGGCGCCGGGCGGGCGUCGGUGCGGCCCGUCGACAGGCCCCGCGGCACCAGCACCGCGCGCUCCAAGUCGGUCGCCCCGCGCCGCCCGCCCUCCCCGGCCCGCGCGCGCCCUGCCGCCGACCACGACCCCACCGCCGACUUGUGCAGAGUAAGAGUUGCGCUAAGGAUCCGGCCGAAGAACGCGGAUGAAUUAGCUCAGGGCGCCGACUUUGAUACUUGUGUUGAGUUGCAGGCCGAGUGUAAGAAACUGAAGCUCAAGAAAAAUAACUGGGCUUCUGAGUCCUACCAGUUUGAUGAGAUAUUUGGUGAAAAUUCUUCACAAAAGCGUAUAUAUGAGGUCGUCGCAAAGCCUGUAGUUGAGAGUGUAUUAGAAGGAUAUAACGGGACAGUGAUGGCUUACGGUCAAACAGGUACCGGCAAGACAUACACAGUUGGUCAGCUUGGAAAAGAAGAUCCUUCUGAACGUGGUAUAAUGGUCAGGGCGUUGGAGCAUAUCCUUUCUAGCAUGUCUUUGGAGACUGAUAGCAUGGCUGUAUCAUAUCUCCAGCUAUACUUGGAAUCUGUUCAAGAUUUACUGGCCCCAGAGAAGACUAAUAUUCCAAUAGUUGAGGAUUCAAAAACCGGUGAAGUUUCAUUGCCAGGUGCUGCGAUAGUUGAAAUCAAAGAUCUUGAACAUGUUUUUCAACUUCUGCAAAUUGGUGAGACGAAUCGUCAUGCUGCUGAUACGAAGAUGAACACUGAGUCAUCUCGCAGUCACGCUAUUCUAAUUAUUCAUCUACAGAGAAGUUUAAAAAUGAAAGAAGAAAAUACUGUCUCUAUCCCUAGUGACGCAGAACAUACUCUUCCCGGUGAUUUACCACUUGUUCUGAAAAGCAAACUAUUGAUUGUGGACCUUGCUGGAUCAGAACGAAUUGAUAAAUCUGGAAGUGAAGGGCACAUGAUUGAAGAAGCCAAGUUCAUUAAUCUUUCGUUAUCUUCUCUGGGAAAGUGCAUUAAUGCACUAGCAGAAAAUAGUUCUCAUAUACCAACAAGAGAUUCAAAGCUUACAAGGAUGCUUCGUGAUUCAUUUGGAGGAACUGCUAGGACUUCCCUUGUUGUGACAAUAGGUCCAUCUGCAAGGCAUUACUCAGAAACUUCAAGCACAGUUUUGUUCGGCCAAAGAGCUAUGAAAAUAGUGAACACAAUAAGGUUAAAGGAGGAAGUUGAUUAUGAAACCCUAUAUAAGAAAGUUGAAGACGAGGUUGAUCAUCUCACAUCGGACAUGGAGAGGCAGCAAAAGCUCAGACAGAGGGAGAAAAUGCAGUUGGAGAAAAGGUUGAAAGUGUCGGAGGCAUUCUUGCAUGACUUAAAAAUGACCUCUACCAUGCAAAUAGAGAAUCUGGAGAAGGAAAAACAUCAAUUUGAAUAUGCAAUCAAAAGAUUGAUGCAGGAGCUAGAAGAGAAAGAAGGCCAAAAUAAUGUUUUAUCUGAGAAAAUUGUUCAUUUAGAAACAUCACUAAACGAAAAGAAGCAACAACAGCUUGAGAGCUUUUCAACGACGCAAAUUCUUUCUGAGACGACAAAAGCCCAUGAGAAGAAAGUGGGAGAAUUACUGAGGCAGCUUGAGGAAGAAAAAUCUCGUUCUGCUAGUAUGAAGGGCCACUUUAACGUUCUAGAACAGCAACUGAGUGAUGCUCAGAGUUCUGCCCAGUUCCAGGAAAAUACGGCCCGUGAGUUGAAAAGAGACCUAUCCAAAGUCACUGAAAUAUUUACCAAUCAAGUACACUCACUAGAAGGAAAAAUCAGUCAACUCAUGUCAGAGAAGGAAUUGAUGUAUAAAGAAUUGAAAUCUGCACAAGCAAAGGUGCAAGAUGAAGCAAGGCAUAGGCAGAGCCUUGAGGCUGAAGUUGUAAGGUUGAAACGAUCUAAGACUGAUAAUUGUGCUGAAGAGUCUAAAACAUUAUGUGGUAUGGUUAGAUCAGGAUCUGGAUUAGGUAGUGAGGCAUUUAUGUCUAAAUCAGGGAAUUUUAAAGAGACCCUAGCAAGUCAGAGAGGUACCAUUUCAAAGAUAUUUGAAGAAGUUGGUCUUCCAAAUGUCCUGGCUCUGCUGAAGUCUGAAGAGCUAGAGGUUCAGAUUCAUGCUGUCAAAGUGGUUGCUAAUCUUGCUGCUGAAGCUGCAGAUAUUAACCAGGAAAAAAUCGUCGAGGAAGGAGGGUUGGAUGCACUUCUGUCACUCCUGGAAACAUCAGAAAAUACCACAAUUCAUCGAGCCACUGCUGGUGCCAUUGCUAACUUGGCAAUGAAUGUUUCAAACCAGGCACUUAUAAUGAACAAAGGAGGAGCUCAACUAUUAGCAAAUAUUGCAUCCAAAACUGAUGAUCCUCAAACUAUGCGGAUGGUAGCUGGUGCAAUUGCCAACUUAUGUGGAAAUGAAAAGUGGCACGCAAUGUUGAAACAAGAUGGUGGAAUAAAAGCGCUCCUGGGAAUGUUUCAAACUGGACAUACCGAUGUCAUAGCUCAGAUAGCACGAGGACUAGCGAACUUUGCAAAAUGUGAAUCCCGAGUAAUAAGCCAAGGUCACAAGAAAGGGAGAUCCCUUCUCAUUGAAGAUGGCAUCCUUAGUUGGAUCAUGGCCAAUUCAACCAUGUUUCCUCCUUCAACGCGAAGACAUAUCGAGCUAGCAUUCUGCCAUCUAGCUCAAAAUGUGGAAAACUCCCGUGAUAUCAUCAUAACUGGAGGGAUUAAGGAGCUCCUUCGCAUAUCAAGAGAGUCUUCAAGAGACGACGCCCGUACCCUGGCGAAAAAAGCACUAAAUUCGAACCCAGCUUUCUUGAAGGAGAUACAAUGA